AUGAUUCCAGCUAUAUCAUUAGCUUAUGAAAAAGGUGAAACUGAUAUAAUGAAAAGACGACCACGAGAUCCAAAACAUGAUCGACUUGUUAAUCAACGUCUUAUAUCGAUGGCUUAUGGACAAAUUGGAUUAAUUCAAGCAGGUGCUGGAUUUUCUUCAUAUCUUGUUAUUAUGGCUGAAAAUGGAUUUUUACCAUCACGUCUUUUGGGUCUUAGAAAAUCAUGGGAAUCAAUUGAAAUAAAUCAUUUAGAAGAUUCAUAUGGACAAGAAUGGACAUAUGAACAACGAAAACAACUUGAAUAUACAUGUCAUACAGCUUUUUUUGUUACAAUUGUUAUUUGUCAAUGGGCUGUAUUAAUUGUUUGUAAAACGCGAAGAAAUUCGAUUUUUCAACAAGGAAUGAAUAAUUGGAUGUUAAAUUUUCGUUUAGUUUUUGAAACUGUUUUAGCUGCAAUUAUAUCUUAUACACCAUACUUAAAUACAGCUCUUCAUACAUAUCCACUUAAAUUUCUUUGGCGGCUUAUUCCAAUACCUUAUUUUUUCUUAAUAUUAGUUUAUGAUGAAGUUCGAAAAUAUAUUAUUCGAAAAGAUCCAGGUGGUUGGGUUGAAAGAGAAACUUAUUAUUAA